CUCUGUCAACACCCUCCUCUGUCCGCCAUGUAUGAUUCGUACCGUCCUCAUUUGCUCCUGGCCCAGGUGCCUCUGACCGUCUCGCCCUUCAUCAACCUCCCCACUUCGGUCACUCUGCCUUACACCUACAAGUCUGUCUCCUCGACCCUCCCGCCGUCUGUCACAAUCGACCCAAGUAAUCCCGGAGGCAAGGCCCGCUAUGUCGUCUCCUCCAACGGCGAACAUGCAGCACACCCAGACGAGAUCCUGGCCGCGUGCCAAUCCCUCGAGCAGCACCUGAAGAAAACCCGGAGUGAUGCCGAAGAAGCCCUCAAGGCCUGGGAGGAGUCCAUUCGACAGCGGGAUCUGGCAGAGAAGCGACGUGUCGCGCCCGGGUGGCUGGAUAGUGAAGAGAAACUGCUACGGCCGAGCAGAACAUCGAUUCCCCCGGAAUCCCAAGGAGGGGCUGAGAGUCUGUUAGACAGCACCUCGGCCGAUCAGGGUUCCUCAAGUAUGCCAGCAAUGGCCCCUCGGGAUGAGGGAGCAGAGUUGGAUCGAGCGUUUGGUGGGCUGGGCGUGAAAUGA